AUAAAUGGUGUUGAGAUAAGUGAUGAAGGGGAACAACAAUCCUCUGGCACUGAGCCCACGCCCCCCAGCGCCCUCCCUGAAAAUCAGCCACUGGUUCUGGAUGUGGACCUGGAAACCCAGUGGCGGGAUCUAAUGGACAUCCUGGAGCCUCAGAACAUAGGUGUUGAAAUGAUGACCGCUUUAAACCACACCCCUGAUGGACCUGAUGCUCCGCCCCCUGGCAGGGCUGGACCAGUGGGGCAUCAGAUGGACCCUCUUACAGGGUCUGCAGUCUUGCUGCACGGGAUUCCUGAUCAGUUGGAGCAGAAGCCAGUCCUGCUUCCCCUGACUCCCAGUGAUGAACUGGAUGACAGCAGUUUAGAGCUGAGCGCUUUAGGAAACUACAGCAGGAACUCCUGGUUUGAUCCUCCAACCUACUCACACCUGCUGCCUCAGAAUCCUGUAGAAGACUUUUCCAAAGGAACACAUGCUAACGUCGACGCUACAGCCUUCAGCAUGGAGCUGUUAGCUCCAGAUGUCCCCUCCUUUAGCUCUGAUCUAACUAACGGUUAUAGCCGAGCUUCGGAGCGGAACGAUUUAAACCAACAGCUUGACUUCGCAUCAUUCAGUGUCUUGGAUGAGAUAGAAGCAGACAGUCUUUCCGGUCAAAUAAGCAACUUCUUGGAGGAUUUUAACAUCUUGGAGGACAUGAGCCUUUUGGACGAAGCACUGGGGGAAGGAUUUAGUCCGGACAUGGAGGCCAGACUUAAAGCAGAAGGCUACCUGCAGAGUGAAGGAGCAGAUCGGGGCUCUGCCACAGGCUGGAACUGGAUGGAAGAUCAGAGGCAACCUGACGCACACAAAGACUGCAGAGUAGAGACAGACUCGGACUCCGGCCUUUGUCUGGACUCCAUCCACAGCCCUUCUUCUCCUUCUGUUUCUGAAGGCUCAGCAGAUUAUUCCUCAUGUGCGUCUGCUGUGGAGCAGGUACGUUCUGAGGAAGAUCGCAGCGACACUGAAGGCUUGGCUGGAUCAGAGUUGGAGGUGGAGGUGACCAUCAAGCAGGAGGAGCUUGAAGAUGAGGAGAUGGGAGCUGCUGGGGGAGUUAUUCCUGUCAAUCAUGCAGACCACAAACUGUUUCAAGGCUUUUCCUGGCUGGAACACGUAGGCCAUGAUUACACCUUCAUCAACUCGCCUUUGUCCUCAUCAUCUUCUCCAGCUCGGAGCAGGAAGCUUUCAGCACAGACUAAAACUGCUGGGAGGCGUCGCAGAGCCAGGCCGUACCAGGCCUGCAGCUCCAGACCGCUUCCUGGAGGUAAGAUCUGGAACCGAGAUGAGCAGCGAGCGCGAGCCCUCAGGAUCCCUUUCUCCUAUGAGCUCAUCGUUAACCUGCCGGUGGACGAGUUCAACCUCCUACUGACCAGCUACCCGCUCAGCAAGGAGCAGCUGACGCUGGUCAGGGACAUACGGCGGCGCGGCAAGAACAAGGUCGCCGCUCAGAACUGCAGACAGAGGAAACAAGACGUGCUGCUCACAUUAGAGGAAGACCUGAGGGCCCUGAGACGCCACCAUUCACAGCUGCUCCAGGAAAACCAGAACAGACUCAGCCUUCUGCAGGAUGUGAAGAAUAGAUAUGGACUGCUGUACCAGGAGAUAUUCACCAAGCUGAUGGAUGCCGAGGGGAGACCACUGAAUGCCAAGGAAUACAUGCUUCAAUUUGGACCUGAUGAUACAGUCACGGUGGCUCCACUGAGGGGAAACAGAAACAGCAAAAAACACAGAGAUGUGAAGAAGAGGAGGAGCUGAAUAUUCCUGUAGAAGGAUGGACUUUAGAUAAGGACCUGUCAGAGAAACAGGAAGCUGACCAAUGACUCUAUAAAGCCUCUGCACAAAAACCACGUUAACCAGGGUCCCAACACAUGUAAAUAUUAUACUUAACCAGAGUCAGUCUGUUCUGCUCUACUUUAGGUCAAAGGAUGCAAAACACAAGUAAUCAUUUUACUGAAAAAAACAGAAACAAAUAAUGCUGGUAAAGAUUUUUAUUCAUCCAGGUCAGUCAUUCCAAAAAGUUAAAAGACGAUCCACUGGACUGUGUUUUAAGUCUGAAGACAUUUCAGAGGAGCAGAAAGCUGCUGCCUGCAUCCUCACUAGAACUAAGAAAGUAGACCAGUAGCUGAUCCAGAUAGGUGGUUAGAGUGGGGCGUGAAGGAAGCCAUCUAUGUUAAGAAAGAAAAACCAACCUUAAACUAAAGGGGGGUUUAAGGUUGCUUUCAAACA